GUCGGCCCCGGGCGCGGCGACGUGCGCAGGCGCGGUCUGCGCGGGGACUGACGGUGGCGUAGGGCAGACAUGUCGGGGAUCGGGGUUCUGUCGCGGCUGCUGCGCGCUCGGCGCCUAGCGCUGACCUGGGCGCGGCCAGCGGCGUUGCAGACAGGAGCCCGCGGUUUUCACUUCACCGUGGAUGGCAGUAAGAGGUCGUCCGCUAAAGUUUCAGAUGCAAUUUCUACGCAGUACCCAGUAGUGGAUCACGAAUUCGAUGCAGUGGUGGUGGGUGCCGGAGGGGCAGGCCUGCGAGCUGCGUUUGGCCUCUCUGAAGCAGGGUUUAACACGGCCUGUGUCACAAAGCUCUUUCCCACCAGGUCACACACUGUCGCAGCGCAGGGAGGGAUCAACGCCGCCCUGGGGAACAUGGAGGAGGACGACUGGAGGUGGCACUUCUACGACACCGUGAAGGGCUCCGACUGGCUGGGGGACCAGGAUGCCAUCCACUACAUGACGGAGCAGGCCCCGGCCUCCGUGGUGGAGCUGGAGAAUUACGGCAUGCCGUUCAGCAGAACCGAGGAAGGGAAGAUCUACCAGCGCGCCUUCGGUGGGCAGAGCCUCAAGUUCGGGAAAGGCGGGCAGGCCCAUCGGUGCUGCUGCGUGGCCGACCGCACUGGCCACUCGCUGCUGCACACUUUGUAUGGACGGUCUCUGCGAUAUGAUACUAGCUAUUUCGUGGAGUAUUUUGCCUUGGAUCUCCUGAUGGAGGAUGGGGAGUGUCGAGGCGUCAUUGCUCUGUGCAUAGAAGACGGGUCCAUCCACCGCAUCAGAGCAAAGAACACUGUCGUAGCUACUGGAGGCUACGGGCGCACCUACUUCAGCUGCACAUCCGCCCACACCAGCACCGGGGACGGCACUGCCAUGAUCACCAGGGCAGGCCUUCCCUGCCAGGACCUGGAGUUUGUUCAGUUCCACCCCACAGGCAUAUACGGUGCUGGCUGUCUCAUCACGGAAGGGUGCCGUGGAGAGGGAGGCAUCCUUGUCAACGGUCAAGGCGAGAGGUUCAUGGAGCGCUAUGCUCCUGUCGCAAAGGACCUGGCGUCCAGGGACGUCGUAUCUCGCUCCAUGACCUUGGAGAUCCGUGAAGGAAGAGGCUGCGGCCCUGAGAAGGAUCACGUGUACCUGCAGCUGCACCACCUCCCCCCCGAACAGCUGGCUGUGCGCCUGCCCGGCAUCUCCGAGACGGCCAUGGUCUUCGCGGGCGUGGACGUCACCAGGGAGCCGAUCCCUGUGCUCCCGACCGUGCACUAUAACAUGGGCGGCAUCCCCACCAACUACAAGGGGCAGGUUCUGAAGCACGUGGACGGCCAGGAUCAGAUCGUGCCCGGCCUAUACGCCUGUGGGGAGGCUGCCUGCGCCUCGGUGCACGGUGCCAACCGGCUGGGGGCAAACUCGCUCCUGGACCUGGUCGUCUUCGGCCGGGCGUGCGCCCUGAGCAUCGCCGAGUCCUGCAGACCCGGAGAUAAAGUUCCCUUGAUUAAACCAAAUGCUGGGGAAGAAUCUGUCAUGAAUCUUGACAAAUUGAGAUUUGCCAAUGGAAGCAUAAGAACAUCGGAACUACGGCUGAACAUGCAGAAGUCGAUGCAAAGUCAUGCUGCAGUGUUCCGUGUGGGAAGCGUGUUACGGGAAGGCUGUGAGAAGAUCAGCAAGCUCUAUGGAGAUCUAAAGCAUCUGAAGACGUUUGACAGGGGAAUGGUCUGGAACACUGACCUGGUGGAGACCCUGGAGCUGCAGAACCUGAUGCUUUGUGCACUGCAGACCAUCUAUGGAGCAGAGGCCCGGAAGGAGUCUCGCGGCGCUCAUGCCAGGGAGGAUUUCAAGGAGCGGGUAGACGAGUACGAUUACUCCAGGCCCGUCCAGGGGCAGCACAAGAAGCCUUUUGAGGAGCACUGGAGGAAGCACACGCUUUCCUACGUGGACACCAAGACCGGGGAGGUCUCCCUGGAAUACAGACCUGUAAUCGACAGAACUUUGAACGAGGCUGACUGCGCCACUGUCCCCCCAGCCAUCCGCUCCUACUGAGGAGACCGGAGUUUACCAGCUCUUGUAAUUAUGUAUAAUAUAGCUCACGCACAUGUCCAUGUUGUGACAGCCUUCUUAAACUGUCCUCGAGUGACUGAGGAUGCCGCUUGACAGAGAUUCCUGCCGGAGGCCAGCAGCGUGCCCGUGAUCAACAGUCAGGAGGUGUUCAGCUUGCCUCUAUCCCUGCUUCAUUCUUGAGAAAUAAUAAAACCGGGCGCAAUUCUUAGAUGAAACA